AUGGCAUCUGGAGAGUGCCUUCUGCUAGACCUAGAAACAGAUAACUUCAUUUUCUAUAACAUCUCUGUCAACCAGAGUGCAAACGUCUCCCUCCUUGGGGAAGACUGGUUUUACCCAGCGUUCCUCUACGCCAUCCCCACCAUCUAUGGGAUCAUCAUUCUGAUAGGCCUUAUCGGCAAUAUCACUUUGAUUAAGAUCUUCUGUACUGUGAAAUCCAUGCGAAAUGUCCCUAAUUUGUUCAUUUCCAGUUUGGCCCUGGGAGACCUGCUGCUUUUAGUGACUUGUGUGCCUGUGGAUGCCAGCAGGUACCUUGCUGACGAGUGGCUGUUCGGCAGAACUGGAUGCAAACUUAUCCCUUUCAUACAGCUCACCUCUGUAGGGGUGUCAGUCUUUACUCUCACUGCUCUCUCAGCUGACAGGUAUAAAGCUAUAGUAAGGCCAAUGGAGAUCCAAGCAUCCCAUGCACUGAUGAAGAUUUGUGUGAGAGCUGCUAUUAUCUGGAUUGUAUCCAUGUUGCUUGCCAUCCCUGAAGCAGUAUUUUCAGAUCUGCACCCUUUCCAUGACAAAGAGACUAAUAAAACCUUUAUCAGCUGUGCUCCUUACCCUCAUUCAGAUGGGCUGCAUCCCAAAAUUCACUCAAUGGCAUCAUUUCUCAUAUUUUAUAUUAUUCCCUUGUCUGUCAUUUCAGUGUAUUAUUAUUUUAUCGCUAAGAAUUUGAUCCGGAGUGCUUACAACAUCCCCGUGGAAGGAAAUGUGCAUGUGAGGAAACAGAUUGAGUCCCGUAAGCGCCUGGCCAGGACCGUGCUGGUGUUCGUGUGCCUCUUUGCCUUCUGCUGGCUGCCCACUCACAUCAUCUACCUGUACCGCUCCUACCACUACUCCGAGGUGGACACCUCCGUGCUGCACUUCGUUGCCAGCAUCUGUGCUCGGAUCCUGGCCUUCACCAACUCUUGUGUCAACCCCUUUGCUCUCUACUUGCUCAGCAAGAGCUUUCGGAAGCAGUUCAACAGCCAGCUGCUGUGCUGCCGAGCUCGCCUGCUCAUCCGCUCCCACAGCAUGGCCAGGAGCACCACCAGGAUGACCUCCCUCAAGAGCACCAACCACUCCCUGGCCACCUUCAGCCUCAUCAAUGGCAACCACAUCUGCCACGAAGGCUGUGUCUGAGGGCACGGUCAGGAACAUCAGCUGCUGAGCAGGGCUGCUGGACUUUGCUCCAGGGGAUGGUGAGCAGAGCAAUGCACACCCGCAUGCACGCCCACAUGUAACAGUGUGCUCAGAGAACUCAGAGGAGCUUGAACCGUCCAACAUUUCAUCUUGGGCUGAGGUUGAAGGG